UUCAAUUCAACGAAGACAAAGUUUCAUCACCAUGCCCAACUUUGUAUAAUAAAAGCAAUUCAUAAAAUUUCUCUUUACAGACUAAAAAGCUCCUAACAAGUACUGUCCCUAACCCAGCACCUUACUUGACCGCUCCUUCGAAAUAAAGAAAAAAACUCCAUACUUUACUCCUCUUCGGCUCGUCCCUUCACUUCUCUCUUCUGCAAAAUGCUUUCCUUUCCCAGAACAACUAACCGAGACAUGGCAAGACAAACCGUUUUGUCUGUUUUAGGAAAAAUUUUGAAUCUUCUUGUUCAAGAGUCUGAUUCAUUGCUUGGAUUUGAAGAUCAAUUCCAAUGGAUCGAAGCGAUCAAUUCCAAAUGGGAUCGAAGCCAGUUGCGAAGAAUAUGCUGAUUUGUCGGAGAAUGUGUUGGCCCCAUAUGUAUUAAUCGAGAUUAUGUAUGACAUUGAAGAUUUGAUUGAUGAGUUGAUAAUCAGAUCAGCCCAAAGGAGGAGUAGAGAAGCUAUCAUUCGCUGUAUUUUGAGCCUUGUCGAUCUUCCAAGACAGUUCUUUUAUGUUUUGGCACUCAUCGACUUGACAGAUUCUUAUAGAUUCUACAAAAAAUUGGAACUGAUCAAAGUUAAUAUUUCCAGAAUAUUCAGCAUGUUUUUCCAAGGUGGCAUUUGGCAUAAUACCUCUAGCCCAUAUGAUUUGGAAAUAGGCACGACAAUUGUUUCGCCUGUAAUUUCUAAGUUUGAAGCCUUAGCUACUAAGAGACAGCUCAGGCCUGCAGUUAGAAAGCAAGCCAGGUGGCUAAGAGAUGAAUUCAAGUCCUUGAAGGUCUUUCUAAAAGAUCUUGAAUCAAGAGAAACACUGAGUGAAAGGGGAAUAGCAUGGACGGAAGAACUUUGCGAUGUUUGUCGCUCCACCGAGAAUGUUGUUGGGCUCUUCUUGACUAAAAAUGAGAAAGGUAAUCCCAAAAGCUUAGUCUGGUCUCCCCAUAAAUUCAUUUCCCAACAUAAUCUUGUCCAACAGAUGGCUCGAAUCCAAGUUAAAGUCUCUGAUAUUUCAGAACGAAGAUAUGAAGCCAUUCAUCAAAGAACAUGGCACAGGGACCGAUAUCCAAGCAUAACUCCUUCUGUGAUUGUGAAAUUAGCAGAAUUACUGUCACAUAGAGAAGCAACUCUAGAGGAAUGGUCAACGGCACUUGACCAACUAAAUCAAGAUGAAGAACCUUGGUCAACAGUCUUGGAAGAGAUCAACAAAUAUUUGCCUUUGUAUUUGAGGCAAUGUCUCUUUUAUUUUGGAUUAUUUCCUGUGGGUUAUAAGGUUCCUGCAAGAAGAUUGAUGGCAUUGUGGGUUGCUGAGGGUUUGGGGCACCAAAAGAAUGGUGACAAUUCCCCUGAAGAUGCUGCAGAGGCGUGUUUGAGAGAGUUGAUCAGUUAUAAUAUGGUUCAAGUGACAGAGAGGAAACCCAAUGGGAAGGUAAAGACAUGUUCCCUACCAGAAGCCCUGCGAGUACACUGGUUGGCAAAAGCCAAGGAAGCUAAUUUUCUCCGAGGUCACAAUGAAAAUAAUUGUGCGAUACGUCGGGUUGCUGACCAUCUUGAUCGGAAAGAUCCCAUCUUUGAGCACAUUCAUGGUAAUAACACCACUUCCCUUGACUCUUGCUAUAGAGAUACUGUCACUUUUAUAUCAUUUGAUACUCGAGAAGGAAGUAGAGCAGGACAAGAUAUAGGGAACUUUCUUGAUCGAUGCAUCUCUAGCAAGUGCUUCCAUUUCCUAUGGGUGCUGGAUCUUGAAAAUGUUUACAAGCCAAAAUUGCCCAAGGCAGUAGGUCAGCUCUUUCACUUGAGAUACCUAGGAUUGAGAUCAACUUACCUAGAAAUGCUUCCCAUGUUCAAAUUGCUGAACCUUCAAACGCUUGAUUUGAAGCGCACUUGCAUCGAUACUCUCCCCACAAGUAUCUGGAAGAUGCAAAAACUAAGGCAUUUAUUCUUAGAUGAGAGUUUCUGCAGCUCAUUUUUCCCUCCACAAGAACCCAACUCUCUAAUGGACCUUCAAACAUUUUGGGGUGUAUUCAUUGAUGAGAAUAGUCCAGUAAACGAUGGCCUAGACAGUUUGUUAGGCAUCAGAAAAUUGGCACUGAAAUGCAAAUUAUCAGUUCCAUCUCAAAAAGCAGCCAUGUCCUUGCAGCUGUUUAAUAUAGCAGAUUGGGUUGUGAAUCUAAAACACCUUCAAUCUCUGAGGUUGAAGUCAUUUGAUGAAUCAGGUCAGCCAUGGGAUCUACAUUUGCAGGCUUUGUCAGGCAAUGCGGAGCUUUCUGAUAAAUAUUUGGUCGGAAAGCUAAAGAAUCAAGAUCUUAUAUCUAAGUUUCCCCAAAGCCUCACUGAACUCACCUUGUCUGCUUCUGGACUGAUCGACGAUCCAAUGCAGCAAUGCAGCACUGUUACCAGACUUCCCAACCUUAGGAUGUUGAGAUUGUUUUCAGAUCAUUUUCAGGAAAGGAAAAAUGCUUUGCCAAAAGAUGGAGGAUUCCAAAGCUUGGAAGUUCCUCAAAGCUGUGGACUGAGCUAUUAG